AUGACGAUCUAUGGUAUUGUUAAAGAGCACGAGGUGGGAUCUGCUGUUGCUGUUGUGGCUGUUGCUGCUGCAGCUGGUGCUGCUGUUGUUGGUGAUGCUGGUGCUGCUGCUGUUGUGGCUGCUGCUGCUGUUGAGGCUACUGAUGUUGCCACCCAGAAAAUUCGUAUUCUUCUUUCAGAGGAGGGAACUGCACGUGCUACUACUGCGCAUUCACUGUCCAGAGAAGACGGACCUUCUGAAGUGGGACCGAUUCAAAGUCAGAUGUUCGUUGUCAACACUUUCUUCUUACUGUUGCUUUUGGGGAUUCAGAUACAGCGGAAGGGUAUACAUGCCCGACCAUCGUCGGACAUUCGAAGAAGUUGUCCUUCUACAGGCAUUCCACAAGGUUCUCAGAGGGGAGUUAAUGUCAGACACGACAAAAAGCCAGUAUUUAAGAUAGAUGUUGGUGGAAUACACAAAUAUGGAUACCAAUCAGGACAACAAUAUGAAAUCAAUGUUUUGGCGCAAGACCCCAAUAAACAGUUUGGAGAUGUUCUGCUCUGGUUGCAAACAGAAUCGUAUAGAUGCAAAGUUGGAGAACUCGGUGCAACCAAGGGGUUAUAUCUACAGCCAGAAAACUGUCCACACAUGGUUUUCAAGGAUACGAAACCGACGGAAUAUAAAUUUACAUUCAAGUGGACGGCACCUGCUUGUGGCUGCAUACUUAUCAGAGCUCGUGUGGAAUCUGCUGACAAAAGCGUUUAUUUUAUGGAAGAUGAAGAUGUCGUUAAUGGUUACCUGACCAAAAGAAUCUGCCCCCAAGAAGGUUCGGUGACAUUAAAACAGAUGUCAAAACGAGAGAAAUACAAGCUUCUCUGCGAAGUUACAAAAGGUGCUACAGCUGAUGACAUUGCCAGACGGACGUAUGUCCAAACGAGAAGAAAGGUGGACUUUACCAAGAUGCCAAUGAUUGAACAAGAAGCUUGGAUACUGGCCUUCGACCAAAGAAUCUUUGAAGUACAGCAGUGUUGUAAAAUGAUUCCCUCUGAGCAAGAGGACUGUUUAUCUGAUGUCAGACGCCACAGGAUAGACAAAUUUUGCGCUUAUGGGGAGUCCAUUGUACCUUUUACUGAUAAAAGAAGAGAUUUCAUGAUCAGGAGGCAGGAUGAAUGCUGCUGGAGGCUAGGCGAAGGGAGGUACCAAUGUUUUUCAAGCGGCCCUAUGAUGGACGGUACAGGUCGCCAUGUUGAUGCCAUGGAUAACAUGGACGAAUCGGACCCUAUUAAUGAUUUGGAGGAUUUCCGAACAGAAAUUGGUUACAAGCUUGUACAAUCAAAAGCUAAUAUGGACGGUGACCUUCAAGACAACCAAAUUGUCUUGACAACGAACGAACCAAAGAAUGAGGACAACAUUCAGUCAAUUGACAAGAAGGAUAAUAAAGAAAUUCACCAUGAUGAAAGUUUUAAGAAAAAUAUAACAGAUGAUUACGACAUUGACGAUGAAAGUGACGAAAAAGAAAACGUCGACGAAAGCGAAAACUUAUCCAAGGAAGAAAAACAAACGAACAACAAGCAUAAAGCUGAUUUAGAUGAAACAACUGUUAAACUUGUUACAAGUCCGUCACGACAAAAGAAAGACUUCACUACUUCGGCAUCAACUUUUACAACGGAAACAUCCGAAGUGUUGAAGAGAAAAUUCCAAAGAACUAAGACAAAACUUGAGUGUUGUGAUCUGGGAAAGAAGUAUGGUAUUAGAUACGUCAAUGGCGAUGCUUGGAACAGGUGUGAGAACGAGGCUCACGUUACAGCAAAACCAUACAAAGCGGGAAAGAGACGAUGUAAAAACUUCUUUAUGCGCUGCUGCAUUGAACAUUCAAAAAGGACACUUGUAGACGUUGACGAUGACUCAGAUGACAGUGAAGAUGAUAAGGAAAUCGAUGAACUAGAUGAAAGCAAACAAACUUUGUACGAAAAUGAAAACAAUGAAAAGGCAAUAACAAAUGACAAUGAUGAGAAAUUAACGGACGAUGAAAGUGUCGAGGGCAAUAAUGAUAUCAAUGAUAAAUCACGAAGACGACGAAAAAACAAAAACAAUCGUAAAAGAAGGAGACGAAAUAAAAAUAAGAAAUCAAGGAGUGAAAAAUCAAGAAAACGAAUCUGACAUUUCAACUUUCUUUAUAGUGGCAUUAUAUUGGAUACUCUAAUUUAUUUUCUUCAAUGAACCAUGGUGUACAUUUAAUUCAUUAUUUAUUUAGCAAAUGCAAAAUAUUUGUAUUUGCUCACCUGGGUUCAGCGAUAAGCUAGGGCUAUUCUAUAAAACUUUGUACUAAAUUUCCUAAUUUGAAAUUUGAAACGUAUGUAUUCAAAAGAAGUUUUCAAUGAGAUUGACAUAAGACAUGAGAUUAAAAGAGAUAGUGAGCGUGAAAAUGAGAAAGAAAGAAAGAGACCAGACAAGAGGGAGAGAGUGAAUGAGCGAGUUAGAAUUGGAGAAUACAUGAAUCAGUGGGAAAGAACGCGUGCGUGAGUAAGUAAUAGGGAGAGAGCAACAGUGUUAAAAACUUUUACUUUAUUGUUUU